AUGGUGUCUGGGAAGCUGGUGGCGGUCCUGGAAGACGUGGAGCUUCAGCUCCAGAAGGUGACGUUGGCUGUGAAGCUUCACCUGAAGAUGCUGCGGAAGGGCCCCCAGUCGCCCCCUGUCCAGUCAAGAGAGUCGAGGGAUCAACUUGUAGCACUGAGCAAGAGCAUCGAAGCGAUGCAAAGUGAACUGCGCACCGUCACGAGUGAAAUCCUCGCUUUAGCCACCAAAUCGCUGGCUGUGGAUGCCUCUGAGGCGGCCUCUGCAGGAGAAGAGACGGAGACUGAGGACGAAAUGGAUGAGGAUGAAAAGGCGUCGGUCCCAGUGGACGGCGAAGCAACGUUACCUCUGGAGGGAGGGCCCAUUCCUGUGAAAGUGAAAUCCGAGCCGCUGCAGCAGAAUCCAACGACUGCUUCAACUCAACAGAGAGAGUGUAUCGUGAAUGUACCGACGCAAUUGAAGCUGGGAGAGCAACUUUUAGAGAAAGCGGUCGUGGCGACUCCGACAGUAAAAAGAGACUCCGGCUGGGCCUCGACAGUGGCGGCCUUAAGGAAGCGCUUGAUUAAGAAUUACGGGUACGCGAGCUAUCAAAAGGGAGACUCGAACCUUGACUCAAUCGAAGAGCGUGUUGAAGGCUACAAGCGAGACACUCGACAACUGAAACCAAAAGCGAUUGCGCGCCCAAUUUGCUCCAUCACGACCCGACUCGUGAAUGAUCUGGAAAUCCUAGAUUCUAAGGGGUUAGUGCGGACGGAAAAAAACUGGGAGCGCUUUGCUGCUUUGGGGAACGUUGUAGCUGAGUGGAUGGCGGCUGGGCAGGGGUCGAAAAAAGUGAGAAUGCAGGCGAAGUACUUUCGGGGGUUAUCCCAGCAGCUGGUCAAGCUGGACAAGCAGUAUCCUGGAAGGUUGCCACCAGCGCUACUAAGGUGCGCAGUCAUUAGCGUCCAGUGA